UCCCCAACCAUCUCCAUCUCAUCCUCUUCGAGCUCCUCCCAUCGUCAGCAAUGUCGGGCCGCGGCAAGGGAGGCAAGGGUCUCGGCAAGGGCGGCGCCAAGCGCCACCGGAAGGUCCUGCGCGACAACAUCCAGGGCAUCACCAAGCCGGCCAUCCGGCGUCUUGCGCGGAGGGGCGGCGUGAAGCGCAUCUCGGGACUCAUCUACGAGGAGACCCGCGGCGUGCUCAAGAUCUUCCUCGAGAACGUCAUCCGCGACGCCGUCACCUACACCGAGCAUGCCCGCCGCAAGACCGUCACCGCCAUGGACGUCGUCUACGCCCUCAAGCGCCAGGGACGCACCCUCUACGGCUUCGGAGGCUGAGCCUCAAGAUUCGUCGGGUGUUCUCUCUUGGACCUCUGAUUCUUUAGAUCUGUUAGGGUUUCGUUGAGUCGGGUCGAUAGCCUGUAAUCUGUGGUCGAAUCUGUUUCAUAUGGAUGAAUGAAUGA